GCUUUUUGAAUAAGUUUUGAUAAAAGAUAGAUAGAGACCUAGAUAGAGAUUUUAGAGUAAAAUUAAAAAAUUUAUAACUCAGUCAAAAUCCAUUUAAAUUAUGUCUGAUUAUCAAGAUGUACUCUGUAUUGAAUGAAAAAUGUGAUUUCAAAAAAUGACGAAUUAAAAGAAACAGCCAUACGCUGUUUUCAAUUUUUUGUUUUGACAUAUAAAUUUUAAAUACUGAAUAGUAUUAAGUACAUAGCAAUUUCAGUGUGUGGAAGCAGAAAAAAAUAAGCUCUUUCGUUUUUACUACAUUUGUUACAGAGUUUUUCUCCUAUUUUUUGAAAGUCAAAAACUGGGUUACUUUUGUCAGGAAAUGCACAAAAUCUAAGAGAUUCGCCUAUAUAGGUUCAAUUAGCAUGUGGAUCUCGUUAAAAGAUCUAAAAAUAAAUGCACUAACGUGAGAAAUGCACCAAAUGGUUAAUUAUCGUCUCUAUAUAACAAGAAAUUUGAUUCUCUCCGUAAGUUACAUGUAUUUCUAAAACGGCGAGACGGAACACUAAACGGCACACAUGUGUGUUUUGUUUUUUUUAGAAAAAAUCAUUGAUUUUCUGGAAGAAAAAGUUAUAAAAGAAGAAAAUUGGUGUCUCUAUCCAAGUGCCUCUCCAAAGCGUGGUGCUUAUUUUGCCGAUGAUCCACGGAUAACGCUUAACAUUUGA